AUGCCAGCCGUAGAAGAACCACAACAGUCGUUGCCGCCUAUCGUAGAGCGCGAAAAGGGCGAGGCACCUAUCAAGAAAGAAUACCUGGUUGUAUAUCCCACUGAGCGUGCGACUGUGCCAGCAGACAAGCCCAGAGCCGAAGGCAGCAGCGAGCCCCAGCCAAAACGUCGCGAAAAGGCCAGCGGGCAAAACAAAAACCGCAAGCAAAAGAACAAGCAGGUCUACAGCGAUGCCAGCCGCCUAUGUGCGCAGAUCGCGCUCGGCGAAGAGUGCAAGUUUGGCGAAAAAUGUACGUUUAGCCAUGAUGUCGACGACUUCCUGGCGCACCGCGAUCCGGAGUUUGGCGACCGCUGCGUGCUGUUUGAUUUGUUCGGAAAGUGUCGGUUUGGGCUGCGGUGUCGAUUCUCAUCAGCGCAUACAACGGACAACCACAAGCAGAUCGUGGACGAAGAGAAAGCCAAGCUAAAGACAGUCUAUUGCACGAACGAUCUUGGCAGGGACAUGCAAAUUAGGCUCAGGAAGAGGCAGAUCACCAAGAUUCUAGAAAACGAAGUGAAGGAGGGAGAGCAGCCUAUAGCAGAAAUCGACGAGGGUGGCGAAGAUGCAGAGACCGACCGCUCUAAGCGGCACAAGGGAACGCGCGGGCACAUUGACUACCGCGGCAAGACGUAUCUUGCACCGCUGACUACCGUUGGCAACCUUCCAUUCCGGCGAAUCUGCAAGGGCUUUGGCGUCGACAUCACGUGCUCCGAGAUGGCCAUCGCCACCAACCUGCUUCAGGGGCAGCAUACCGAGUGGGCGCUGCUCAAGCGUCACCCGUGUGAGGACUUGUUCGGCAUACAGCUUGCUGGAAAUCGCUCCGAUGUACUGGGCCGUGCAGCCGAGAUCGUCAGCCGCGAAUGCGAAACCGACUUUAUCGACCUCAACAUGGGAUGCCCCAUCGACAUGGCGUAUAACAACGGCGGCGGCAGUGCUCUGAUGGGCCACCCCAAGAAGAUCAGCAGGAUCGUGCGCACCAUGCACUACGUGACUAACUGCGACGUUACUGUCAAGUUCCGUACAGGAAUCAACAAGAACGACAAUGUCGCGCAUACGCUUAUUCCACAGUUUGAGGAGUGGGGAGCCGCCUUGGGCACGCUCCAUGGCCGAUCGCGUCAACAGCGCUACACAAAGCUUGCAGACUGGGAGUACAUUGCGCAGUGCAAGAAGACAACCAGCAGAAUGCCUCUGUUUGGCGGUGGAGAUGUCAUGUCCUGGGAGGAGUACUGGGACCACAUGGACAACCAAUGCGCGGACGGAAUCAUGAUCGGCCGUGGCGCCCUCAUCAAGCCUUGGAUCUUCAAGGAAAUCAAUGAACGCAAGGUGUGGGAUAUCUCUGCCACUGAGCGUCUGGAUAUCCUCAAGGACUUUACCAAAUUCGGCAUGGAGCAUUGGGGAACGGACACUGUGGGUAUCAACAAUGUGCGCCGCUACUUGCUCGAGUGGCAGUCGUUUUUGCACCGCUACAUUCCUGUCAGUCUGCUGGAGGUGCUGCCGCAGCGUAUGAACGAACGGCCACCACCGUUUGUAGGCCGCAAUGACCUGGAGACGCUGAUGGCCAGCGACAAGGUCAGCGACUGGAUCAAGAUAUCCGAGAUGCUGCUAGGCCCAGCACCUGACAACUACACGUUCUUGCCUAAACACAAGUCAAACUCUUAUGAAGGUUAA